AUGAGUUCCUCUAGCCCCUCGUCCUCUGACAGGGAGGCUGAGGAGGAAAUGCCGCGGCAAAGUUCGGUGGCUGGUGUCGACGACCAUGAUGGAGCAGAUGGGGGAGAGUCAAUCCGCGGCUCAGAGGACAAGAGGGCACCGUAUUGUUCGCCUUCGACCUCAUCCCUUCCUGGACACGAAAACUUAAAAACGCAGGUAAUUGAUGACACACCUCCGCCUCCCGCAGCCAGAGGUGCCAACUCCCCUUCUCCCUCUUGUCACGAUGUCGUGGAGAGAACAAGUGCCACCGGAGUCCCGGACGCACAGCCUUUCGCAGGAGGUUCAUGUAUCGUGAUGUUGGAACAACAGCAAUGCCAGGACCAAGACAGCUGCGGCUUCCGCGUUGAUUGCGCUACACGACAACCGGCGUACGUGAACGUCGAGGAGGAACGAAGUGCUGCAAAAGUUGCUAUUAGAGUAGAGUGUUCUUCCUUGUUAUCGCAGCACGAAUCCGAAGUGGAUGAUGUCGGUUCACGUUGCGAGGCAGAUGCUGCAGCUGCGCGCAGCUCCUCGUACAGCAGUUCCAGCGAAGAAACGUCCGACCAAGACGAUCCGCCCGGCCGCGACUGCAGUCUCGAGGGAGGAAAGAAAGGCGAUGCUCUUCUGUGUUCGAGCCGCGACAUCCAGAUUGCGUUCGAGCAGGGACGCUUUGAGGAAGCCUUCCUGGAGCAGAAUGCGGGCGAUCCUGCCACCAGCAGUCCGGAAAAUGGCGCAGAUCACUUGAUGUUGGAACGCAGCGGCAAUGGAGAGGUCUCGUCUUCGUCUUCUUCUGAGGACGAUGAUGUUCCUGCUAGUCCUGGUUGCACCAGUGGCAGAAACAAACAUAGCGACCGUUGGCCGCGCAACGCGCAGCAAAAAUUGGACCGGUUGAUCCGAUAUCUGAUCAAAAAAAGCGCUCGGAGCAUUGUCAACGGCAUGCUUGCGCUCUCGGCCCUGUGUGGGGACGACGAAUUCAAAGCCUUGAAGGAAAGGUACGGCAAUCCGAGGGCGGGAAUCUCUGCACUUCUGAAAGACUGCGCGGACAAGUAUGAGUUGACGCUGGACAGCAGUAACCAGACCUACAUAUGCCUGGUCGAGGACGCACAAGCGUCAAACACUUGCACGGGUCGCAGCCGUCCCAUCGAGAAGACAGUUGCGAAGAAUCUAAACAGUCAAGCGGGGGCUGGAAUUGUGGGUGCGAGCCAUGAAGAUCGAGAAGCCAGCGCGAAUCAUGCACCACAACUAGCGCCAAUGUCUCACUCUGAAGACCAGUUUCAGGACCCUGCAGUGCAAGGCGCCAUCAUAUUAGAACCGGCUGCGGACGAUGCGCCCACAGCGCAAACCACGGGUAUUGCCAAUGCAGAACAGGCGGCUUCCGCGUCCGCUUUACUGGCUUCGCCUGUGUCAGUUGCCACAGCAAUCUGCGGCGCCACUUUUUCGUCCUUCUCCCCCGAAAC